CUUCAAUUUACACAACUCUGUGGAUUAUAAUAAACAAGUUAUUGUAAACAAAUGUGCCGUCUUCUGUUUCCUGUCCCCGUGAACAGUUCAGGAGGAAGGGGCGAUCCCACCCGGAAGAGGAGGGGCAUGUGAUGACCAAGGGCAGUCUGGGUAGGACCACGCCCGCUGUGGCUGCCUCCGAGAGACGGAAGUCACUCAAACUGGACUGUCUGCUGGGUUCAGCGCAUUGCGUCCUUUUCCAGUGUCCUCUCCUCAGUUUCUCUGGCUCUGCUGUCCUCAAGAUCCAGGGACGUUUGUGGAACAGCACCUUCCUGGAGGAGUUCCCAUCAGUCAGCGCUCUGGAGCUGCUGGUUAGAGCCAACAUCACAGUCAAGUCGAGCAUCAAACACCUGGUGCUGAGGGAUGCUGCCGCACAGGUCCCAGUGAUGAUUUACCCAGAGGUUGGUCUGACUGCCCAGUACUGGAUCCCCUGGUGGUGGAUUCUCAUAGCCAUCCUGGCUGGUAUCCUGGUGUUGUCUCUGAUGGUCUGCAUCCUCUGGAAGUGUGGUUUCUUCCGUCGGGUCCAGUAUGAAGACCAAGUGCCUCAGUACCAUGCGGUGAAGAUUCCCCACCAGGACCUUCCCCAGUUCCAUGAGAGCCAGAAGGCAGGGUUCCUCCACAAGAAAGAGUGGACUACACACUGGAGCGACGGAACCUCCUGAUCGACAGCAACAACAAAAACAAGGAAUUGAAUUAUAACAACCUCCCCGAUUCAACCCACAUGGCGCUCACUAACUCUGAGGUGUAAUAAAUGUGUGCACACAGACUGGCCGUGUACAUUUGGGGCUACGUCCUCAUUCUUUCACCCUUCUUCUGAAGUGGACUUAUUAAUGCUGACUACUCUCUCCUGCAUAUUUAUAUGGACAGUGAUGCUAACUUUCUACAUCGUCUCUAUAGUCCAGCAUUUUGGAUUUGACAUCAAAUGUUCCGUAUGAGGUGACAGUACAUAAUGUCAUCUUUCACUUGAGGGUACUAUUUAUACAUAUCUGAUUUGCCAUUUAGAAAUGAAAGCACUUUAUAGAUCUAGUCCCCCUCAUUUGAAGAUGUCAUAAGUAUUUGGAAAAAUUUAACUUAUAGUGUCAAAUGUAGUAUUUGGUCCCAUAUUCCUAGCACACAAUGACGACAUCAAGCUUGUGAAGAUCCAAACGUGUUGGAUGCGUUAGAUGGUUCUAAAUAUUUCUACAUGAUUAUGGAUCAUCUUGAAUCAUGAAAGACGAUGAGUGAGAAAGUUACAGAGGGUCAAAGAUCUUUCCCCCAAAACAUGCUAACCUCCAUUGUUAUUGGUAAUGUUGAGAGGUUAGCAUGCUAUCCUCCAUUGUUAUUGGUAAUGUUGAGAGGUUAGCAUGCUAUCCUCCCUUGUUAUUGGUAAUGUAGAGAGGUUAGCAUGCUAACCUCCCUUGUUAUUGGUAAUGUAGAGAGGUUAGCAUGCUAACCUCCCGUGUUAUUGGUAAUGUUGAGAGGUUAGCAUGCUAACCUCCCUUGUUAUUGGUAAUGUUGAGAGGUUAGCAUGCUAACCUCCCUUGUUAUUGGUAAUGUUGAGAGGUUAGCAUGCUAUCCUCCCUUGUUAUUGGUAAUGUUGAGAGGUUAGCAUGCUAACCUCCCUUGUUAUUGGUAAUGUAGAGAGGCUAGCAUACUUUGCUGUAGCUUCUAUAACUUUACUCACUCAUCAUUAUUCACAAUUCAUUCAUGAUUUUUCUUAAUCAUGGCAUUAUCAGGAUUGAUAUAGAACUGUUCACAAACAUCUUAUCUACUCACUUAGAUGGAAUAUCACUCUAAUCACCAUUCGGUUCCUAUUGGGCAAAACCCAAAACCCAAGAAAUCUGGGAGCAAAUACUCAGUUUUUGACUACUUUAGUACACUAUAAGUACAAAUUUGUCCAAAUACUUAAAUCAGAUAUGAAAAUACCCUCAAUUAAAAGGUGACAUUCUGUCUGUCACCUCAUAU